AUGCGGGACCCGCCCGCAGCGUCCACGGGCAGCGCUCGCCUCGAUAAACCCGAUCGAGCAGCCGAUGGAACUCGAAGUGUCGUGCCGCCCUCGCUCGCAGACUAUCUCGACGACUUGCCGCUGCCAGCAUGCGUCUUUGCCCACUCGACCUUCACCCGAGACGCGAUCGCCCCGCCCGCGUACCAGAACCUCGCCUUCGAAGCCCUCCUCGCCCAGGGCAAGGUCUUGUCGGACGACACAACGCUCCCUCACCCUUUGAACGACAUCGAGCGCACCCUCCUCGACGUAAUCGACGAGCCAAGUUUUGCUCAACUCCGGCAAUGGCUUCUCGAAGGCGUCGCGACCUUCCCCUCCUCAUCGUCCUCUCCUCGUAAACGCCCUCGCCAGUCCUCGCAACGCCAUAUCGCCCUCCAGCUCGACGAGAACAUCUCCUUCCCCAAGCUGCGAUGGCGGGCUUCCGUCAGGGAUGGGUACACCGUCUUGACGCACUUGCCUGCCGUCGAGUUGGUUCACGGAGGAGGCGUCAAGUCGGCGGCUGUUCAGGAGGAAAGGACAGGACGAGCUGGAGUGGUACGGUUGGGCGAGCUGGAAGUCUCUGCGGACCGCGUGCGGGACGCGACGAGCCUCGAAGGACUCGCAUUCACGCUGUGGCACUCGCCAAUCGGCAUGUUCCGCGUCAACAAGGACCUCCAAGUCACGCAAGCCAACCCGGCUUGGCGCAAGACGAUCGGAAUUGGUCCAGGCGAGUCCAACGACUCGUGGGGCAACCGGAUCCAUCCAGAUGAUACGGAGCGAGUCUUUGCGCAUUACGCAGAAAUCGCAGCGACUUCGCCUUUGAGGCGCGACGAGUGCGAGUGGAGGUGGUUGAUGGGCGACAAGGAGCAGAAUAGGGUGUGCGUGAUUGAGCCGGUCAUCAUCGAGGGCGUGAUGGAGGGGUACAGCGGCUACCUCGAGAACAUCGACGAACAAAAAGCCAUCGUCUCCGCCUCCCAAGCGCGCGAAGCCCAACUGCAAACCGAACUCGCCAUCUUGUCCGACACCUGCGCCGUCGGCCUUUCGCGCCAUGCGCUCGACGGGACGUUCUUGAAUGUCAACCCGGCUUGGCAUGCGAUUGUUGGGAUGGACCCGGAGGAACCGUUGGAGAAUUGGAUGAAGAAUCUAGUACCGGAAGACCACGACCGCGUCAUGACGCUCGAGACGCGCGAUUCGCUUAGCAUCCAGUUCAAGUUCAAGAACGGCCGAGUCUGCCUGACACAGAUCACGCCAAACCAUCGGGAGAAGGACAAGGCGACUGGCUGGAUCGGCAGCACGACCGAUGUCACUGCCCAAGCCCGCGCAGAAGAAGCGAUCCUGAACGUCUCGAAGGAGCGAGAGGCGCGGGCGAAGAAGGAGGCGGAGGAGGCGGAGCAGCGCAGACGGAUUGCGGUCGAGGAGAAGCGCCAGCAGGAGCUGUUGAUUGAUGUCACGAGUCACGAGAUUCGGAAUCCGAUCAGCGCCAUCCUGCAGAACAGCGACUUCACUCGUUCCUCUCUCCAGAAGCUACGUGACACCCUCGUCGUCCUCCAACAACGCAACGCGCUCCCCUCCGAACUCGCCGGCUCCGCCCUAAACGACCUCGACGAAGACAUCGAAGCGCUCGAUGCCAUCACCGAGUGCGGAAUGGCGCAGGAACGGAUCGCGAACGAUAUCCUCGGCCUCGCGCAGAUCCAGCUCAGCAAAUACAAUAUCGCACCGAUCGAGUUCGACUUGACCACGAGCUUGCGCAACAUCUGCCGAAUGUUCAAGAAUGAGUGCCGGACGAAGGAUAUCGAGCUGAACUUGAUCAUCGGCUCGUCUCUCGCUCGUCUCGGUCCGAAAGCUCGCGUCUUUGCCGACCCAGCCCGCCUCACGCAAAUCAUUGUCAACCUCCUCUCCAACGCCAUCCGCUUCACCGCCAAAUCCUCAAGCCGCAUCGUCACCCUCUCCGUCGAGCUCUCUUCCACCCGACCCGCCGACGACGCACCCAUCGUGCCUCCGAAAGGCGAAGACGAUGUACGGCGAAUCGAAGCUGGUCAACCGAUUUUCUUGCUUUUCUCGGUCGAAGAUACGGGUCCGGGGAUGACGAAGGAGGAGACGAGUCGGUUGUUUGCGAAGUUUAUGCAGGCGUCGCCGUUCACGCACACGACUUGGGGAGGGUCGGGACUCGGCUUGUGGAUUGCUCGCAAUCUAUGCGAACUCCAAGCCGGCCGCAUUGAAGUGGCCUCGACAGUCGGCAAAGGCUCGAUUUUCCGCUGCUUCAUCACCGCGCGCGCGGUCGACAACCCCGAUGCGUUCCGAGACCAGCAGGCGUCGUUCUCGGAGGGCUAUGGUGGGCCUGUUGGAGGAUUGAAGAUGACUGUUGGACAGAGGGGAGGGGAGGAUGCGCCGUUGAAGGGGAUGACGGUCUUGUGUUGCGAGGACAACCAAAUCAACCGCACCGUCCUUCGGCGACAGCUCACCAAGGAAGGUUGCGAGGUCCUCCUCGCCUGCGACGGGCAAGAAGGGCUCGACCAGCUGCAGCGUCGUGCGGACGGAACAAUCGACUGCGUCUUGAUGGACAUCGAGAUGCCCGUCAUGGACGGUCUCGCCGCUACUCGCGCAAUCCGACAUGCCGAGUCGACUGGCCAGCGACGAGGACACCAGCCCAUCAUCGGAUUGACAGGAAACGCCAGGUCCGGCCAGCGCCAGAUUGCGCUCGACGCCGGCAUCGACGUUGUCGUCACCAAGCCUUACAAGAUGCCUGAACUCAUCUCGCAGAUCCGCUCACUCCUGGCCGGCGCUUCGCCUUCUGCCUCGCCUUGCCACCCUUCGGCACCGCUCCCUCCCAUACAUGCUCCCGCGCCAGAAACGACUUCGGCCCGCCCAAUACCCACGCCCUCCGCCUGA